AUGUUCUAAUCCUUUAAUUUAACCAAAAAACUUCAAAUCAACGAUGACUCCCCUCAGACUUGCAGAACCUUUAGAGAAUUUUAUCAUUCUUAAAGAAAUAUUAUCAUACCAUCCCAUUUUCAAAAACUUAAACUAAAACCAAUCUAAGACUCGCAAAGACAAACCUACACCUACAAUAAUCAAAAGCGAUCUUCAUUGAAAUAUAACAAUUUGUUCGCUUUCAAUGACCAGGCGGAUUUGCUGAGUUAAGAGCGAUAAAGACAAGGAAGGAAAUAGGUUAGUUUUAGUGAUAAGGUUCUAAUCAUAGAACCUAAGAGAGGCAUAAUGAUUAGAGAAAGAAUCCCUGAAUUGUCAGAGCAUAUAAAUAUCAUUAGAACUAGAAAAAGAAAAAACUGCAUUUUAAUUCACAAUCAUAUUAGAACAUUAGAAACUUGCUAAUCCACUUUCAUUGAUUAGCUUUGA